AUGGAGCAAUCCCGAAAACGCCGAAGGGAUGAUCUAAGCUGCGAUCUGACGUCCCUAUCGAAGCGCUUCAGAGACCUGCAUCUGGAUCUGAACGGAGGCGGUUGCAACAGCAUCAUUAGCAUCGGUAACCAUCUCACAAAAAUCGAUUAUACUGUUGCUUCAAAAUGUAGUACUGGAUGCCCGGCUGCGGCUUAUAAUGAGUACAACCCGGAGCUGGGUAUCGAUCAAAAUCCAGGCUAUUAUGAGAAGAACAAGGUUCUGUUCGAUCUGCAUGCCGAGCGUGUCAGGCGCCACUGUCAUUGUACGGCCCACAAUUGA